UUGGCACAAUUUUUCUUCAAUAUUUUUUUUCAUAUCUUGAUCGUUUGGCUUUAAUUUAUUUAUUUUUUUUCUUUUGCCAGAUAAAAAAUAGGGUACCCAUUAUCAUCAUCAUCGUCAUUUGAAUUGUGUCGCUCCAGAAAUCUGUAUUCAUUUUUGCUUCAUCAUCAUCAUCAUCAUCAUCAUCGUUGUUUUUCAUCCUUGUUAAUUUCAAUUUUUAAUCAUUUUUCUUGGAAACAGAGAUAGAGAUUAAAAAAUACAGAUUUUUUGUAAUUUUCAACAACCAUACAAACAAACCAUUUAAUCGCUUCAGGAACAAUCGAGAAUGUUUGGAUAAUAUAAAUAUUGAUAUGGCUACAAUGAUGAUGAAUGGAAAAUUAACCAAGAAGAUAAGAUUGAUUUUUAUAUACUUGAAUGGAAAUAUUUUUGGCCACUUGAUGGCAUUUAAAAAUUGUUAUUUUUUCCUGUUUCCCAAAAAUCCUCCGAUGAAUCCUCAUUGAUGAAGUGUGGGUGGAUGGAUGAUGAAGAUAAUUUUUCAUAAUGAAUGAAAUGGUAUACGUGAUGAUAGUGUAUCGAUGAAAUACUUCGAAUGUAUGAAAAAAAAUUUUCGAUAAGAUGAUGAUUGUGUGUGUGUGUGUGUAAAAUGUCAUCAACCAUUGACACAAACAUUUUGAUAUCAGUCAUUGGCGGCAUGACACAAUAAUAAUAAUAAUAAGGUCUCUUAUGGAUUCAAAUAAUGUACAUUCGGAUGUGUAUAAAUAUAUCAGCCAAGAUUUGGUAAUCAUCAUUAUCAUUCAGAUACUUGAUUUGAUUCAAACCAUACCUGAUCAAGCAAUCAUCACUAUAGUUCUUGUCUUACGAAUUCUAUAAUCUAAUAAAACCGAAUUAUUUUUUUCCGUAUAAACACGGGCAAUAGUGAAAUUGAAUUUAUGCAAAAAAGAAAAUGCCAGUUGUCAAUGAAUGUACGAAUGAUUCCGAUAGAUAUAACGUAGCCAUUAUUGGUGCUGGCCUAAGUGGCCUAUAUGCAGCCAAUAUCCUCAAUGAUUAUGGUAUCACAAAUUAUUGUGUUCUUGAAGCACGUGAUCGUAUUGGUGGUCGUUUGUUGACUAAAAAAGAUCCAAAAGUUGGCUGGGUUGAUCUUGGUGGAUCAUAUGUUGGACCAAGUCAACAUUAUAUACAGAAAUUGAUCCAAAAACUUGGCAUUGAAACCUAUAAGAUUGAUGUUACAGGUAAAAGUGUCUAUCUGAAUCAGAAACGACGUUAUUUACACAAUGGUAAUGAAUUACCAUCAUUAUCAAAUAAAUUGGUCGAACUAGAAAUUCGUCAUGUAUUGAAAUUAAUGGAUGAAAUGAGUGAACAAUUACCACGUGAUGAACCAUGGAAACAUCCACAGGCAAUCGAAUGGGAUCGACAAACAUUUGGACAAUUUUUGGAUAAACAUUGUUGGUCACAAGAGGCAAAAGAUUUUAUUGCAAUCUAUAUUGGUUGUUGUACAUCAUGUGAAGCAUAUGAACAAUCAUUAUUAUGGUCAUUAUGGUACAUACGACAAUGUGAUGGAUUGGAUAUAAUGUAUAAUAUUGAAAAUUCGGCACAAGAUUCCAAACUAGUUGGUGGUACACAACAAAUUUGUCAACAACUUUUACAGCGGAUCGGUGUGGAUAAAGUUAAAUUAUCUAAACCAGUCACCCAGAUCAUUAUGGAAAAUAAACAACAACAACAAUCUGAAUCUAAAUCUUUGAUACGAAUUAAAACUUUGGAUGGUGAAUGUUUGAAAUGUAAUUAUAUUAUAAUGGCAAUUCCACCUGUAUUGGUACAAAAAAUUCAUUUCAAUCCAUCAUUACCACCGGUUUAUAGUCAAAUGUUACAGAAAUUUACAAUGGGAUCAGCAAUCAAAUGUAUUGUUUAUUAUAAGGAACAAUUUUGGCGUAAUGAUCAACAACAACAACAACAGCCAUCAUUAAAUGGUAAUAUGUUGAUUAAUUGUCCACAGCCAUGUGAUGGACCAAUUACAUAUACGGUUGAUGAUACUAAACCAGAUGGUAGCUAUCCGGCGAUUGUUGGAUUUAUUAUUGGUGAUCGUGCACGUGAUAUGCUUGAACGUAGCCGAGAAGAACGUCUUCAUUAUAUAUGCCAAAGUUAUUCACGUGCAUUUGAUUCGAAAAAAGCAUUACAACCAAUACAUUAUGAGGAACAAAAUUGGAUGGCUGAACAAUAUACUGGUGGAUGUUUUACUGGUUUAGGUGCACCUGGAUUUCUUACCAAUUAUGGUCUAUUAUUGAAACAACCAUUAUUUGAUUGUAUAUUUCCAGCCGGUACGGAAACAUCAACACAUUGGGCAGGUUUUAUGGACGGUGCAUUACAAUCAGGUGAACGUGCUGCAUUUGAAGUUUUGUCACGAUUAAAUUGUAAUAUUAAAAUUGAGAAACCAUUGAUACGUGUGAAAAAAUUUACUCAAAAUAAUUGUGGCCAACAAAAUUUAAAUUCAACGGAUUUCAACUACACAAAUCGAACAAAUUUUCCAUCCCUAUCCAUCAAUCAAUUGAUCACAUGGUCUAGCUUGUUGGUUGCUUUUUUCGGUGUUUUUCUUGGAAUGGCAGCAUUCUAAUGAUAAUAAUCAUCAACAUAUAAUUAGUAAAGCAUGAUUGGCAUGAAAAACAAUUUUUUUUUUCAUUAUUUUCGAUAUUCAAAAUUAUUUGUACUGUAUACAGUACAUCAUUUACUGAUGAUAAUCAUAAUUCGCUAAAAACAAAUUAAUUAUCAAUUAAUAAAAAUGAACAAAACAAAUAUGACAUCCAAAUAUCAAUUACGUUUGUUUUUCUUCGUUUUUUGUUUCGAAAAAUCCACACAUUUUAUCUUAUCUCCGGUGAUGAUGUGUGGCACACAUUGUGUGCAUCGCAUGCGUUUAUCAAUGGAUUAUUAUUCGAUAAAUCAUCUGUCAUUUGUGC